UGACGGAGCAACAACAAUUAAUGUUGGUGAUGUGUCACAGUUGCCUCCUAUGUAAGAUUGAAACAGUCAGAAGCACAUGGUUGUGACUAUUAGAUGACCAUUGUUUUAUGUUUGACCAGUUGUGACAUAUAAAUGACCAUCGUUCGUACGAUUUCUGGCCUGUUGUGACUGAUAUAUGACUUUCAUUCUAUGACUGACCAGUUGUGAAUUAUAGAUGAAUAAUGUUGCAACGAAAAUGAAAAUAUGUAUAAUACUGUAAUGCUUGAAUUGAAAUGGAUUUGAACUUUAAGAGAUUUUACUAAUUCAUCAUUAAAAUGUCAUAUCCGGAGUUAGACGAAGGAACAAUAUCAGAAUUAAAAGAUGUAUUCAGUAACUUUGACCAAGAUGGAGAUGGUAUGAUAACUACAAAAGAACUUGGAACUGUAUUAAGACAACUUGGAAUGAAUCCAUCAGAAGCCGAGUUACAUGAUAUGAUUGAUGCAGUAGACUCAGACGGUAACGGGACCAUUGAUUUUCCAGAAUUUCUAAACAUGAUGGCAUCCAAAAUGAACGAAAUUGGAACUGAAGACGAAAUUCGUGAAACAUUCCUAUUUUUUGACAAAAAUGGCGACGGACUAAUAACAGCAAAGGAAUUGCGAAUGGUAAUGUUAAAUUUAGGAGAAAAAAUGACAGAUGAUGAAAUUAACGACAUGAUCCAAGAGGCUGACACAAACGGAGAUGGUGUUAUCAAUUACGAAGAGUUUACCAGAGUGAUGCUGAGUAAAUGAAAAAGUAUUGGAUCAAAACUUACACUUCAUCAGCUUAAAAAAACCGUGUAGACUAAGUGCUUUCAGCAAAACAUUGUUAUGUCCUAACAUCAUACGCACAUGUAACAAAGAAUUGGUUAUAAAGCUAUCAAAAUCAUUAGAUAUGUGAUGUUAUUGAAUAAAUUUGAUAUGUAUUGUUUAAUGCAAACUUUUAGAAAAGUAUCAUUGUUCAAUAUUUCUUCGCAGUAAACCUAUAGUAUUGUUUGUGAAAUACAUGCUUGUCCUUGUUUUGUCUGAUUUUCAGUUGAUAUAAUCACAGUUGUUCAACCUAUAUAACAAUACGGAAACUUUGUAUGAUUGCUAAUGAUACAACUAUCCAUCAAAUCCGAAUGUCAAGGAUGUUAACAACUGCAGGUCACCGAACGGCCUUCAACGAUGAGCAGAACCCGUAUCGUACAGUAAGUUUUUAAAUGCUCCAGGAUAUACCUGGUACAUGCAAUUUUGAACAGAUGAAGAUCCAGGUAACUGCUGUUGAUUUUCCGAUGUCAAAGGUCAUUUGGUUUGUGUCUAAAUUAGUCCAUCGUGAAACAGCUUUAAGCAUUCUUAUCGGUUUAAAUUAGUUUCCGAGAAUCACCAUGAAUACAUG